GGUCGUCGUCGAGAACGUGUGUGUAGCUAUAGUUAGCUCAAAAUGGCGGACGGAGAUCAGCAAGGUAACUACGGUGAAGGAGAUUUUUCGGCCGAUGGACAGUACGGCGAGUAUAACGAUGGCCAGUUCACAGACGGUCAGUACCAGCAAGAGGGCGAAGCGAAUGCUCAGACAAACGAAGCCGCCCAAAAUGGCUCCGACGCGAAGACUAAUGAGGACGAAAGGAAACUCUUUGUUGGUGGCAUAAGCUGGGACACUGAUAACAAGGAUCUUCGGGAAUACUUUUCGAAGUUCGGCGUUGUCGUUGAUGUCAACAUCAAGACAGACCCCACGACAGGCAAAUCCCGAGGCUUCGGUUUUGUCACAUUCAAUGCUAAGGACGCUACUGAAGCUGUGCUCAAAGCAACGCCACACACUGUGAAGGGCAAGCAAAUCGACCCCAAGCCUGCGAAGGCGCGUCCCGGGAUCAAAAAGAUAUUUGUUGGUGGAUUGGAGUCUGACAUGCCAGAGGCUGAUAUCAAGGCCUACUUCGAGAAGUUCGGUCCUGUGGAGAAUGUGGAGCUGCCAUUUGGCAAGGCAAAGUAGAACCAGAGGCGCCAGUUCGCUUUUGUGACAUUCGAGCGAGAAGACUCCGUGGAGCUGGUCUGCCGGGAGCCGAAGCAAAAGAUUGGCAACAAAGAGUGCGACAUCAAGAAGGCAACUCCCAAGCCCGAUGCCCGAGGUAUGCGUGGUGGAUGCGGUGGCGGCGGCGGCGGCUUUGCAGCUGGCGGACGUGGAGGCAGAGGCGGCCGUGGACGGGGAGGAGGCUACCAGAACCAGAACUGGGGCAACCAAGGAGGCGGCCCGUAA